ACAACAUGAGCGGAGAGAAGAAGAUGAAGGUGUUGGAGCUGUUCUGAGGAGCUGCCAUUACAGACAUAGAUCUGACGUUUAAUAGUGCAGGAGGAAUAGCAGCCUGGGGGUUAGGGCGUAGGGCCUGGAAUCCUGAGGUUCAGAGUUCAAGCCCCGCUCUGUGCGAGACCCUUAACCCCCCCAGGACGCCCCACGAUGGAUGCCCACUGCACCCCAAGGGGAUGGUUUAAAUGCAGAGUUUUGGUCCAGAGCGCAGGUGGAGGUUCAGGAGGAGACUUACGAUGUCUCACAGGAGGAGCGAGGAAGAGCUGGAUGCUGAUUUUGAGAAGUUCCUGAAAGAGUCUGUUUCAGAUGAUUCUGUGGAUCUAAGCAGCCCUGAUCGUCAGUCCAAACCGAGCCGCCAGAAACCGCCCUGGUGGUCAGAUGACGAGCACAGCGGUGGAGCAGCAGAGUCAUCCCAACGGCGGUUUAUCAAAGACCCAAAGCCCCCGACUAACAACAACCAGGCCGUCCACCUGGACCCCCCCCAGAAGCCCGUCCCCAGACCUCGCAGCACCGCUCUGCACACACGCCCCAAACAAACCGCCUCAGCGGAUCCCCAGAGUCUGGAGGGGGGCGGAGCUUGGUCAGGAGGUCAGAGCAGACCCACCGAUGAAGACCUCCAGAGGAGGAGUCCAGACGCAGCGGCUAACAGUGAUGGGGGCAUCCAUGGUCUCACAGGAUCUGGAAAGGUUUUCAGGAAGUCUCUGAGAGGCUCUCAGCCUACUGAGGAAGAGGGGGAAGAUGCAGGCGGUCCCGGGCAGAGGGCCGUUACAGGCGGCUCAGAGAGAGAGCAAUCCGUGCUGGCAGCAGCUGGGAGGUUGAGCAGGAUGGGUCUGGACACCCUGGAGGAGGAGGAGGAGAAGGCCCGGUUCUUCGCCCAGAUCGAGGCAGGAGCUUCAUCAGCUGUAUAUUACUCUCAGCUGAACAGAGAGAUGGACUCCAGCCUUUCUACCUUCACCAUGGACCUCAGAAAAGUGGAGAAAGAAGAAAUGGAGCAGAGGGAAGCAGGAGCAGCAGCCCCUGCCAUCUCCCCACACUACAGUGAGGAUUUUGAAGAUGAAGAGGGUCUAAAGGAGCCACUGGGGCAGAAAGCGUCUCAGAUUCUGGCCAGAGUUUCUCUCUACGACUCUUUGGACGACACCUGUGGAGAAGACAGAGGGAUGGACAGAGGGACGGACGGAGGGACGGACGGAGGGACGGACGGAGGGAAGGAUGGAGGGAAGGAUGGAGGGAAGGAUGGAGGGCAGCUGUACACACAGAGUGGAGGCUCAGAGGUGGAGGCUCUUCAGGAGGCAUACAGGCAGAUCCACUCUGUGGACGACUCAGACCAACACCUGGGGGAUAGAGGGGGGGCUGAGGGGCCGGCGCCUCCCCCCUCUCCCCCUCAGCAGUCUCUGCAGCCGGCUUCCACCAAGGACUCAGAUUUGCCAACUGCAGAGGAGCUGAUGAAGCCCAUCCGGCCAGAAAACCACCGAGCUCAGAGCUUCAACCUGCAGGCUGCCAGGGCAGCAGAGCUCCAUCCUGACCUCAAGAAGACUUUCCUGGUUCAAACUCCUUCAAAGGAGCCAAGAAAGAGCGCUCCCACCGCAGGACUUAAAGGAGCAGCGAGGUCCUCCAUCCACAGCAGGUCCAGGUCCCCAGAACCUCCCCACCCAAAGCUGGCCUUCAGGGAGGGAGAGCAAAGACAGAAAAAAUCUUCUUCUCAAUCUCUGCCUGAGGCUGGAAACACCAGGAACCAACGGACGUCCAGGAGCUCCUCCAUGGUUCCUGAGAGGAAGACGGCCGCUGGAGUUAAGGCUGGGGGUGGGAGGGCAGCUGGAAGGAGCAGAGCCGCCCCCUCCAAGCCCCCGUCGGAUGGUGGUGCUGCAGAGGCGGGUCUGGAGGCGAGCGGCGAGCUGGUGGCGUCCGUUCAGUCCCUGUUGGCCGUCCUCCAGCAGCAGAUCCACACCGGCAGCCAUGAAGCUGCGCAGCAGGUCAGAGCCCCUCUUCAGGCCGCGGCGGUUCAGGACAGUUCUGGCGCCGAGGCGCUAAGAGUCCAGCUGGCUCAGAAGGAGGAGGAGCUGCAGAGGAUGAAGGAUGAAGUACAGGAGAUGAAUCUGCUGAGACAGCAGAACUACCUGCUGCAGAGCAAGCUGCGCCUUGCAGAGGAAGCCAGUCAGAAGAGGAAACGGGUGGAGCCUGCAGACCUCAGCUCUCAGGAGAAAUGUCAGAAAAUAGAGAAGGAGAUCCAGGAGCAGGAGACGCUCCUCAGAGGUUACCAGCAGGAGAACGAGAAGCUGUACCUCCAGAUGAAGGCCCAGCAGGCCCAGAGCAAAGCCAACCAGGAGGCCAUGUUUACGGAGAACCAGAGGCUGCUGAACGAGCUGGCUCACACAAGGGAGCAGCUGAGGAACACCUGGAGGCCCGUGGAUCAAACCAAACAGAUCUCUGAGCUGCAGGCUGAGAUCCGCCUCCUUCAGAAGAAGCAGGCAGAGCUGUCUGAGGAGAAGCGCUCUCUGGAGGUGGAGCUGCAGCUGCUGAGGAAGGAGCGAGACGAGGGAAGAGCAGGAGAGAAGCUCUCUGAGGCGGAGGAGGUGGCGGCGCUGAAGAAGAAGCUGCAGUGGUUUGCUGAGAACCAGGAGCUGCUGGACAGAGACGCCCGGAGGCUGAAGGAGGCGACCGCUGAGAUCCUCCGCCUCCGAGAUCAGGUGGAGAAGCUGAAGCAGGAAACGGGCCAAGGAAGCAGGAAGCAGCAGAGGAAGAUCAGAGACGGAUCUGCAGACACGAGGAAAAUGCAGGAGCUCCAGCGACAGGUGAAGGAGCUGGAGCAGAUCCUGAGGAGCAGGAACCCAAACUCUCUCCCAGCUCUGAUUUAUGCCGCAGCCACGGAGGACGGCGCCUCCGCCGGGACGCCGCCGCCCAGCCGGGUCAACGCGCUGCUGGAACGAAGAGUUCAGCGCCUGGAAUCUGAGCUGGAGAGUCACGACGAGGAGGCCAAGCGCAGCCUGAGGGCCAUGGAGCAGCAGUUCCACAGGAUCAGGCUGCGCUACGAGCAGCAGAUCAGUGAGCUGGAGCAGCAGCUGCUGCAGACACGGCCGACCGAAGCAGCGGCACCUGCAGCGGAGCUGUGGACGUCCAGAUGUCAGCUGCUGGAGGAGGAGCUGCGGCGGGAAAAGAUCAGCCACCAGGAGAAAGAGGAGAGUCUGCAGGAGCAGAUAGAAGCUCUGCAGCAGCAGCUCAGACCAAAGGUCCAGUCCAGCCCAGGCCGGCACCAGCGCCAAGCUGAGGCUGCGUUCGGCGCCAGGAUAGAGCGACUGAACCGAGAGCUCGCCACCAAGAACCGAAGAAUUCAGGAGCUGAACCGGACCGUGGAGAGGCUGAAGGGAGAGCGGCGAGGCGCGCCGUCCGCACCGCGCCGCUCUGCGGAGAGCGGACCAUGCGCCGGGCCGACCGGACCUCAGCAACACGCAGCAGGAACCAACAUGGAGGAAGAAACCUUCCCUGCUGCCCAGAACGAGAAGACUUACCAGCCCACCGCGUUCACAGGAAGCCACAUCUCCGAGGUGCUGCAGGAGAACGAGGCUCUGAGGGAGCGUGUGGAGCAGCUUCAGCUGCAGAGUGAGAAGGAUCAGGAGGAGCUGCAGGCCAGAGCUGCUCGGGCAGAGGAGGAGCUGUCCAGGCUGAGGGAACGCUCUGCGGAGCAGCUGUCCUCCAUGAAGGCGGAGCACCUGAGGGUUCUGGACCGCCUGCGUGCCGCCCAUGCUCUGGAGCACUCCUCAUCCAAGGUGGCAGAACUGAGCAAUAAGCUCCAGACUCAGGAGGUGGCCAUGAAGCACCUGCAGCAGCAGCUGAAGGAGCUGCAGGAAAGUAAAGAGGCCCUCUGCAUCUCCAGGAGGAGAGAGGAAGCUCUGCAGAAGCAGCUCACCCAGCUGCUGCAGGAGCUGAAGGAGGCCAAAGAAGCUCAGAGCUCCGAGGUGAAGCUCCUCUGCAGCCUGGAGAGGAAGAUCAUCAACAUGGAGCUGAGACAGGAGCACAGAGAGAAGGAGCUGCAGCAGGUGGUCGCCGACACCUUCCACAUGUCGGCGGCUGAUCUGCAGUCAGAAGUGGAGCGAUGGCGGCGACUGGCUCAGGACAGGAGCAGAGAGCUGGACGCUUUCCGCUCAGAGCUGGACUCCAUCCUGGACAUCCUGAGACACCUCCAGAAGCAGGGGGGGGUCCUCCCACCCCUGAGAUAACAGCCCGCCUGCUGCAGGACCGUUAGCGGCCAUCAGAAGAUGGCCAUCAGGCGGCUAGAGGACGACGGCUGCCGCUCUGAUCAGUGACUCUGAGCCUUUAGAUGUUUUCUACCUAAUUUAUUAUUGAU